ACAGGUGACAGGACAGAGUGAUUUUCUGUUUUUCGUUGUGUUUGAGUUUGGUUCAUCUUGCAAGUAAUCAUGUCAUCAGAAAGAUACAGUUUUUCGUUGACUACAUUUAGCCCAUCCGGCAAACUUGUUCAAAUUGAGUAUGCCUUGGCUGCCGUAGCCGCUGGUGCUCCUUCUGUGGGUAUCAAAGCUUCCAAUGGAGUCGUUAUCGCUACUGAAAACAAACACAAGUCUAUACUUUACGAUGAACACAGCGUACACAAAGUAGAAAUGAUUACAAAGCACAUAGGCAUGAUCUACUCCGGAAUGGGACCAGAUUAUCGCUUGCUUGUAAAGCAAGCAAGAAAAAUGGCCCAACAGUACUACCUCGUGUAUCAGGAACCAAUACCUACCGUACAAUUGGUUCAGCGUGUUGCUGCGGUUAUGCAAGAAUAUACCCAGUCUGGGGGUGUUAGACCAUUUGGCGUUUCCUUGUUGAUUUGUGGCUGGGAUAACGAUAGACCGUACUUGUUCCAGUGCGAUCCAUCUGGGGCGUAUUUCGCGUGGAAGGCCACUGCUAUGGGAAAGAAUUAUAUAAAUGGAAAAACUUUCUUGGAGAAAAGAUACAGUGAGGAUUUGGAAUUGGAUGAUGCGGUUCACACUGCAAUUUUGACGUUAAAAGAAAGUUUCGAGGGCCAAAUGACUGCUGAUAAUAUUGAAGUAGGGAUUUGUGAUCCUUCGGGAUUCAGAAGAUUGGAACCUUCUCACGUUAAAGAUUACUUAGCUAAUAUUCCAUAGAUUAAUUACAUUAUAAUAAUUUUAAUGGAUGUAUUUAAGUCAUUAUUAUAAAAUAUACAAAUUUUUAAUGAA